AUGAUACUUUAUCUGGGUUGCAUAUUUCUUUGGAUUGUCUCAAGAGAGAGAAUCAAAGGAGUUAAUGUUCCAGAUUGCUCCACCAAAAAACUCAUUUGGACAUAUCAUGCAAGGAAUGAAGAGGAAUUUCUAUUAUUUUGUGAUCUUCCAGAGCUACAGAAAUCUCAUUUCUCUCACAGAAAUCAACUUUCACCAGCACAAGUCCCUGAACAGGGGCCCUGCAGUGGCAGUAAGAACCUAUCUGAUGUCCAAUGGUACUUACAAUCACAAAACGAAGACCCACAACGGGAGAUCAGUAGAAAUUAUCCUCGUAUCCUGAAUGCCCUUUAUUUUUCUCCCAUAACCAUGAAAGAUGCUGGGUCAUAUAUCUGUCGACCUAGGAUUAGGAACCCCCAGGAUGAUGGCUGUUGUAUCAAGAUGAUUGUAGUAGUCAAGCCCAAGAAAAACACAUCCUGCUCAGAUGCUGGACAUGAGCAAACUCUUCGUUUGGGUAGAUUGGCAUCAAUUUCUUGUCCCGGUCUUAACUGUGAAAUUCCCACACAAAGUCCAGAAGUGACCUGGUACCAUGAUGGAAAAUUACUCCCUAACAAAAGAAGCAACCCCAUGUCAUUAGGUGAAGUCUAUGACUUUAACAGUGGAACAUAUACAUGUGAUUACAAGCAGUCGAAUAAUACAAAUUUUUGGAUUGUCAGAGCUGUCAUCCAAGUAAAAACAGUCGUGGAAGACACUAAAUCGAAACCAGACAUUCUGGAACCUGACAAAGACAUACUGGAAGUAGGACUUGGAAAGCCUUUAAAUCUUACCUGCAAAGUACGAUUUGGCUUCGAAAUGGACUUUAAACCUAUCUUCAAAUGGUACAUAAAAGAUGCUGGUGAGGAAAAGGAAGUUAAAAUAUGCCAUGCUGUGGAAAGUAUUUCAUCUUCAUCAAAUGAAGUCUUUCAAUGUACUUACUCUUUGAAAGAAGUUACCCAGAGUGAUCUUCAAAAGAAAUUUAUUUGCUUUGCCAAGAACUCAAAGGGAAAUGAUACCAAGACCAUCCAAUUAAAAGUGAAGAAAGGAGUGGUUUUCAUAUACAUAUUACCUGGCACCAUCAUAAUCAUGGUGGGAUUGCUGACUGCAAGUGCUCUGCUCUACACAUACUGGAUUGAAAUAGUGCUGCUGUACCGAACUCACCAGAACAAGGAUGAGACUCUCGGCGAUAAGAAGGAAUUUGAUGCUUUUGUGUCCUAUGCAAAAUGGAACUCUUUGGAGAGUCAGGCUACUUCUUCUCUGAGUGAGGAAAACUUAGCUCUGAAUCUGAUUCCUGAAGUUUUGGAAAACAAAUACGGAUACACCUUGUGUUUGCUUGAAAGAGAUGUGGCCCCAGGGGGAGUGUAUGCAGAAGAUGUUGUAAAUAUUAUUAAGAAAAGCAGAAGAGGUAUAUUUAUCUUGAGCCCCGACUACUUCAGCGGACCCAAUGUGUUUGAACUAGAAGCAGCAGUGAACCUUGCUUUGGACGAUCAAACACUGAAGCUCAUUUUAAUCAAGUUCUGUUCAUUCAAAGAGCCGGAGUCCCUCCCUCAUCGUGUGAAAAAAGCUCUCAGUGUUUUGCCCACCAUCACGUGGAGAGGCUUAAAAUCGGUUCCUCCAAGCUCCAGAUUCUGGACAAAAAUGCGCUACCACAUGCCUAUGAAAAGUGCCUGUGUGACACCAUGUCAUUUCUCCCAGAGAUGA